CUAGUUCUCAUAACCUGGUUCUCAUUUUGUCAUUAUCAAAACGUUCUUGAAUGUUGUUAACAGCUUCCAACUUCAGUACUAUAACGUAUGAAGUUGAUGCAGGCUUUGCUUUUUGGCAUGUGGGCGGACGUAUCAAGCUGAUGCUGGCUUUGCUUAUUCGUCAACUACUUCUUGUGGAGGUCAACUGCUGAGAAAACUCUCAUGGCAUUCUCAAUUUCUCUUCCAGCCUUUGUUCAUCCUCAACUCCGGCAUGUUGUUGCGAAGAUGUCUUUGUUUGACACAAUUUUGUUCUAUGUUGUACAUCUUGUGGACAAGUUUGACUUAUGGCAUAGAUUGCCGGUGUUACUGGGGGCGGCUUACCUGGGAAUGAGAAGACACUUGCACCAGCGAUACAACCUCUUACAUGUAGGAAAUGUUAAUGGCAAGAAAUAUGACACGGAAGAGUAUACGUAUCGGACUGCUGAUGGUACGUGCAAUCAUCCUGUGGAUCAUUUAGUGGGCAGUCAAGGAACCUUCUUUGGCCGCAACAUGCCACCAUCCACUUCAAGUUAUGCGCUGCUGGAACCUCACCCUGUAACUGUGGCCACGAAGCUCUUCGAAAGAAGAAAGUACACAGAUUGCGGGUGCCAAUUCAACAUGAUAGCGUGCGCGUGGGUACAAUUUAUGAUCCAUGAUUGGAAUGACCAUAUGGAGGACACGGGACAGGUGGAGCUUAGAGCUCCUCAAGACGUUGCAUCAGGGUGUCCGUUGAAGUCAUUUAAGUUCCUUAAGACCAAAAAACUUCCCACAGGUUCACCUGAUCUGAAGUUUGGGCAUUUGAAUUCAAGGACCCCAUGGUGGGAUGGGAGUGUAAUAUAUGGCAACAACGAAGAGGGCAUGAUAAGGGUGAGAACAUUUAAAGAUGGAAAGCUCAGGAUCUCAGGUUCUGGACUACUUGAACAUGAUGAUAAUGGUAUUCCAAUAUCCGGAGAUGUCCGAAACCAUUGGGCAGGCUACUCUCUCUUGCAGGCCUUGUUUGUGAAGGAGCAUAAUGCCAUAUGUGAUAUGCUUAAAGAACAUUACCCUGAAUUUGAUGAUGAAAAGGUGUACCGACAUGCAAGAUUGAUAACUUCAGCGGUCAUUGCAAAAGUCCAUACCAUCGAUUGGACAAUUGAACUUGUUAAGACUGAUACUCUAAUGGUAGGAAUGAGGAUCAACUGGUAUGGCUUGUUGGGGAAGAAAGUCAAGGAUUUGUUAGGACCCAAAUUUGGACCAGUACUGAGUGGAUUAGUUGGUCUUAAAAGGCCUAGGGAUCACGGUACUCCCUACUCAUUGACUGAAGAGUUUGUUAGCGUCUACCGAAUGCAUUCACUUUUACCUGACACGAUUGUUCUGAGGAACUUGAAGUCGACUACAUCAGAAGACAAAUCCUUGCCUAUUCAAGAAGAGAUUCCUAUGAGGGAAAUGAUCGGGAAAGAAGGAGAAAAGAACUUGUCCAAAAUAGGUAUGGAGCAGAUGUUGGUAUCAAUGGGUCAUCAGUCAUGCGGAGCUGCUACGUUGUGGAAUUAUCCAUCAUGGAUGAGGAACCUUGUUCCUCAUGAUAUUGAUGGAGAUGAUAGACCUGAUUUAGUUGACAUGGCCGCCUUGGACAUUUACAGAGACAGAGAGAGGGGAAUUCCGCGAUACAAUGAGUUCAGAAGGAAUUUGCUGAUGGUACCAAUUAGCAAGUGGGAAGAUUUAACUGAUGACGAAGAAGUGAUUGAGGCUCUCCAAGAAGUAUAUGGUAAAGAUAUUGAGAAGCUAGAUCUCCAAGUUGGUUUGCACGCGGAGAAGAAAAUUAAAGGCUUUGCCAUUAGUGAGACUGCCUUUUUCAUAUUUCUGCUCAUUGCUUCAAGGAGGCUAGAAGCUGAUCGAUUCUUCACAACUAAUUUCAAUUUGCGAACCUACACAGAGAAAGGCUUCGAAUGGGUAAACAAGACAGAGACAUUAAAAGAUGUCAUCGAUCGACACUUUCCUGAAAUGACAGAGAAGUACAUGAGAUGCACAAGUGCAUUCUCAGUAUGGAGUUCGAAUCCAGAUCCUAAACACUACUUACCUCUCUACCUGAGACCAGCAACCUAAUAUUGUAUUUGGUUAAUAUUGAUCAACUUAGUAACCUUUGUGUGAGAUGAAUACGUAAAGCACGAUGCUAAAUUUGCAAUGAAAAUAUAAAUGACUCUAGUUUACAGUCUCAGAUGAAUAAACCAUCGGGAGCUCGUCUGAGAGUUGGUUUGACUUCCCCAAGUAUGACAGAGUACAUGACAUGUAGUUAUGUGAGUACUUGUUGUAAAUGGAAUAAUCAAUAAUGUAUUUAGAGUAUGUGAUGCACUUGCUUGUAUAUGCAAGUUUUUCCUUAAAAGACUA